AUGAAGGAGGGGAGGUCGUUUGCCUUGUUUGGCACGUCUUUUUUUGGGCCUAUCAAACUCUAUAAAUACCCUCCUCCAUUCCCUCUUUUUUCUCCUUCUUUUUCUCUACACACCUACAAUUUCUACCAAUUCCUUCAUUCGUCCCUUCUUUCUCCCUACAAGAUCGUUUAUUCUGCCUCUUCAAUCGCAGAAUUUCGUCUCUCAAUCAGAGCACGAGGGUUGCGGGUUAUGGUGGUUGUGAAGUCACAUCAAGAGAAAGAACAUGAAAGCUUCUGUUUAAUGGAAAGCAUACCCACCACAAGCGACAAGAAAACUCUAAAAAGUUCUUGCGGAUCCUUCUCCUUUAAACAAAUCAAGAUUAGGGAUGCCUUCAAACAUGCUGCCAUGUUCACAAUCUGGAGCUCCAUUUUCCUCAACCAUGUUAACUGCUCCAAGAAAAAAACCCGGGAAACUUGA